UGCAUUUAGGAUGUCGGAUGGGCAGGAGUCUGCGGCCUGCGCUGCUGCUGCAUGUGCCGCUGUUAUUGUGGGGCUGUUGGGGGUGCAGGACGGGACCUUCAGAACAAAUUCUGCGGAUCAGACUGGGGAAGAGCUGGAGGUCAAUGGGAGAUGCUCGGAGGACAGUCCCCAAUCAGGGAGGAGCAGCCGGGACCACUCGGCAGAGAGGAGCCAAGGGAGCAGUAGCCUGAAGACCACCAGCAUCAUGAAGGAUGGAUCUCGGCAGAAACAGAAGAAGACCGUCUCCUUCAGCACAAUGUCCAACAAAAGAAAGAUCAACAGCACUGCCGCUUGCAUCUCCUUCAUGAUGGAAGGCUGUGAAAUGAAGAAGGUGCGUUCAAACUCCAGGAUGUACAAUCGGUUCUUCCUGCUGGAUCCAGAUAUGCGAUUCCUUCGUUGGGAACCAUCCAAGAAGGACUCUGAAAAGGCAAAGCUGGAGAUUAAGUCAAUUCGGGAAGUCCGGGUAGGAAAGAAAACGCCUGUGUUGAGGAGCAAUGGUUUGUCUGACCAGUUCCCAGAGGAAUGUGCCUUCUCCAUCAUUUAUGGGGAGAACUAUGAGUCCUUGGAUCUGGUUGCAAGCACAGCUGAUAUUGUCAACACCUGGGUUAUGGGGCUUAGGUACUUAGUAUCUUAUGGAAAACACACGCCAGAUGUUGUGGGUGCUAAUCAAACAAGCCUGAGAACUCUUUGGAUCUCGUCCCUAUUUGAGAUUGCAGAUUUAAAUAAAGAAGGGCACAUCCCAUUGCAGAGAGCCAUUCAGCUUAUCAAAGGUCUUAACCCUGGCAUGAAAACCUCAACUGUGGAGCUAAAAUUUAAGGAGAUUCAAAAAGCAAUUGACAAGUUUGGAGGACAUGUGACCUGUGACGUGUUUGUUGAAGCCUACUGUGAACUCUGUACCAGACCAGAAAUCUUUUUUCUCCUGGUUCAGUUCUCUAGCAAUAAGGAGUACUUGGACUUGAAAGACCUCAUGAUUUUUAUGGAACUAGAACAGGGUAUGGAAGAAGUCAAUGAAAACACUGCGCUUGAAAUCAUUAAUAAGUAUGAAACCACUAAAGAAGGCAGAGAAAAGGGUUACCUUACCAUUGAUGGGUUUACACGUUACCUUCUGUCAUCUGACUGUCAUGUUUUUGAUCCUCACCACAAAAAUGUUUGCCAGGACAUGACCAAACCUUUAACCCAUUAUUACAUCAAUUCUGCCCACAGUGCAUGCCAAAUGGAAGACCACUACUGGGGCAUGGUGGACAUCAGUGGGUACAUCUAUGCCUUGAAGAUGGGUUGUAGGAGUAUAGAGCUUGUUGUUUGGGAUGGGCCUGAUAAUGAGCCUCUUAUCUACCUUAGUCUUUCUGUUGUAUCACAAGUAUCUUUCCGUAGUGUCAUCAAUGUCAUAGAUAAGUAUGCAUUUGAAACCUCUGACUACCCACUGCUCAUAUGCCUUGUGGUUCACUGCUCUGUCAAGCAACAGCGCCUUAUGGCCCAUUGCUUAAAAGAGGUUCUUGGAGAUAAACUUUAUCAUUUCCCACCAUGCUCCAAAGAAUCAUACAUGCCCUCUCCUGAACAACUUAAGGGGAAGAUCCUCAUAAAAGGAAAGAAGCUUUCUCAAGAACACUCUGAUUCUGAGGGGGAUGUGACGGAUGAGGAUGAAGGCAUGGAGAUCGCUAGAAGACUGGGAAACGAUGGAGAGGAACAUCUCGGUGAAACAGGGCACAGAAAGCUACGCCUGUGCAAAGAACUUUCUGACUUGGUGAAUCUGUGUCAGUCAGUCGAAUUCAGGGACUUUGAGACUUCAAGAAGUAGCCAAAAGUACUGGCAAGUGUGUUCCUUCAAUGAAGUGACCGCAAGCCGGUUUUCCAAUGAAUAUCCAGAGGAGUUUGUGAGGUACAACAAAAAGUUUCUUUCCAGGGUAUACCCAAGCUCCAGGCGUAUAGACGACAGCAAUAUGAAUCCUCAGGACUUCUGGAAGUGCGGCUGUCAGAUUGUUGCAAUGAAUUUUCAAACUCCUGGACUUAUGAUGGAUCUUAAUACUGGCUGGUUUCGCCAGAACGGAAACUGUGGCUAUGUCCUCCGCCCAGCAAUCAUGAGAGAGGAGGUAUCUUAUUUCAGCGCCAACGCUAAAGAUUCCUUGCCUGGUGUCUCUGCUCAGCUCCUUCAUAUUAAAAUUAUCAGUGGGCAGAACCUCCCAAAACCCAAAGGAUCAGGUGCCAAAGGAGAUGUGGUGGAGCCAUAUGUUUAUGUGGAGAUACAUGGAAUUCCUGCCGACUGCGCUGAGCACAGGACAAAGACAGUGACACAAAAUGGAGACAAUCCUAUAUUUGAUGAAAGUUUUGAGUUCCACAUCAACCUUCCAGAGUUGGCCAUUCUGCGUUUCGUAGUUCUAGACGACGACUACAUCGGAGAUGAAUUUAUUGCUCAGUACACUAUCCCGUUUGAGUGUUUGCAGCCCGGCUUCCGACAUGUUCCUCUGCAGUCUCUAACCGGAGAGUUCCUUCAGAACACCACCUUGUUUGUCCAUAUUGCCAUUACCAACAGGCGUGGGGGUGGCAAGGCUCAAAAAAAGGGCCUCUACGUCCGCAAGGGGAAAAAAGUGCGAGAGUAUACAUCGACCAAAACGACGGGCAUCAAGGCAAUCGAUGAGGUGUUUAGGUCGGCGACACCGGCUCUGCGAGAGGCCACCGACCUCCGAGAAAACGUGCAGAAUGCACUGGUGUCCUUUAAGGAAUUGUGUGGCCUGACUCCGGCGGCCAAUAUGAAGCAGUGUAUCCUCACAGUGUCGGCCUGGCUACUCAGCAACGACAGUCCCUUGGCUGUGACCCUCAACCUUCGCUCUCAGUAUCCAACGCUGGAAGCCCAGGAACCCGUUCCAGAACUGCUCAAGAAGGUCCUGGCUUCUUAUGAUGCGUUCAUACAAGCCAGUCGGACAUUAAUAGAAACGGCAGAUGUUGUUUACAGCAAAAUUAUUCAGGUGCAGAAAGCAGGAAUGGGCUUCCACGAGGAUCUUCAUCGCAUUGGUGCCAAAGAGGGUCUGAAGGGGCGGAAGCUACAGAAAGCCAUGGAGAGUUUUGCCUGGAACAUAACCGUGUUAAAGGGCCAGGCCGACCUCCUGAAACUGGCCAGGAAUGAAGCUGUGGAGCAGGUGAGGCAGAUCCAUCACGCGGGCCAGUCAAGCGGCAUUGGCCGGACCAGUAGCCACUCCCCUUCUGUGGAAUUAUUGAGGCCGCGAGGAACCCUGGAAUCCAUCCCCGAGACAGAAAGUGGGGGGAACUGCAGCUCCUGAAGCAGCGAGAUGAAAAGCCACAACCACUGUGCACUCAACUCACUACAUAUAAACAUCGUCCUGGGACUGAACCGCACAGCUUACAUUCUUUCAUCCUGUUCGUAUGGAAAUGAAGGAUUGACUUAGAACUGAACAAGCGCAAAUCCUUUUUAAUGUUACAAUAUUCACAGACCAGCCUCCGCCAUCACCUCCCUCACUGUUCCCUUUGCUAAAACAGAAUUGGGGGAAAGUCUUCUGCUACCUCUGUCCUCUCCAUCCCUCCUGCUACUGCUGCUGCUCUCACUCCCUCUCUGUGUAGUUCAACAAGUCACUAGCAGUUUAAAUACACUCAUUCAGGUA